AUGUCUGAUCCUGCAAAUGAUCCGUCACCUUCCUCCUCUUCUCCUUCCAACCGACCCCUCAACCCUCCCAAGCGAUAUAAAUUCAUUGAUGCAUCAGCAAACAAUCCGGCAAGUUUGACAACUGUCAAGCGCCAUGUCAUGCUAGAAUAUGCGCGUCAAAAAAAAUGGAAGGAGCAGCAACGACAGGACACGGAUGCGGACGGUGAUGUUGAUUUAAAUGCGGGGGAGGAAGAUAGACCUUGUUGUGGAAAUUGGUCAGUACGGCGCCCUCGAGGACGAAGACAAGCAUCAAAUGAUCGGAAGGGAAAGACACAUGUUGGAUCUAGUAGUGGUCAUAAUGAUGAAGAAGUGAAGAAACAAGGGGCAGCCCGCGAUUCCCAGAAAUCGCAACGGCUAGUUCCUCCCCAGGAAGAUGGCAAAUAUCGGGAUUAUGCGGACCUGAAGAUAACGGAUGAACCGGAACACACGUUCGAUGAUGUUUACUUCAACAACAUUAACUGGGAGACAUCCUCUGCAUUGGGGCGGUUAGCCGGUCCAAUACCUCUGCGUCCAGCUGGCCCAGAAUGGGAAUAUGAACCAUUCGAAGAUGGUAGCUUUCCUCUAUCAGCCGCGCAAUCGUUCUGGUAUGGACCGUUAGGAGAUGACUAUCAGACAGAAGCAACCUAUGACGCCGGAUUUCAAAGCAGCGGCGGAUCCUCUGAUUUGCUCAGUUUAUCCUCGUGGUCACCUUCUGGCUCCGUGUCACCUAGGCGCUUAUCUCCAACUCCGCAGACACUGCUUAGCGCAGCGCGAACUGACCCUUUCGACAGUUUACCGAUGUCGCUUGACGAGGAGGCAAAAUUUUUAUUCGAUUUCUACGCUAAUGUGAUGCCGUCAUGCUCAUAUGGUUUCGAGACCAAGUCACCCAAGCAUAACUGGUACAGUCUUGUUUUCAUACCGGAAGCCAUGAAGGGGGAUAUAUCAUUCCAGAACACCAUUCUCGUACAUGCAGCCAAUACGCAGGCGUGGGUAAAGGGACUGUCAGAGACGCCAGCAGCCCUUACUCAUCGUGCCCGUGGUAUCGAAAUGUUACGGAAGCAUUUUGAGAAGUAUCCCACAGACAACUCAGAUACCGCCAUCUCUGCAACCCUUAGCUGUGCUGCGGUGGAAGACUUCGAUCCACGCCCGGAGCGAAAGCCAAUAAGCUGGAUCCACAUGCGUGCCGCGAUGGAGAAGAUUCGUGCUAGAGGAGGACCUGCUGCUUUUCAACAGAAUCAAAGGCUGGCCAUGUUAAUCAACUGGCAAGAUUAUAUACUAGCAGGCUACGAGACGAAAGGUCCCUCGUUCUUCUACGAACGUACCACUCCGCAGUCCCAAAGCUCUCCGAGCCAACCUAUAAUUACCGGAAAUCAAUCUUUUCUUUCCCCCAUUGACGAAAUCCACAGCCAAUGCGAAGAAUUCCUUUCCUUCCUCCACCGUUCCGAGCGCCUAUCCUUCGCACAUAAGUCCUCAAACCUCCACCGAAUUUUCCCCACCCGUUAUUCAGCAUUCCAACCAGAUACCCUGUUAUUCCGAAUUCUCUCCUCCCCACCAGGAAUCCGCUACUCCAUUCCCGGAGAAAGAAAGCAAAUAAUAUCCCGUCUUGCAGCGCUAAUGAUGAUAAACGCCGCCCUAUGGGACUAUCGCCACCUCCCCCACAAAGCCGAAUUGUUCCUAGAUGGCCUGCAGCGCCAACUCAUUGCAAGCGAAAUCAAUCUUAACAACUCUGUCGAAGCACUCCUGCAAAUCCUACUGGCAUGUGAUGAUACGUUUGGUUUCAUCAACAGUGAUGAUGACUAUGAUUAUCCGACUUUUGCUCAACAGCGGCAGCCAAUGAGCAUGGAGACUCCGACAAUGAAACCGGGAUCGGAACGUGAACGGGAACUCGAACUCGAACCCCUCCCCUCUGCUCGACCGUGGUUUGUCGGGAGAAUGCUUAAGAUUGCAAAACGACUUAGUAGGCCGUCGUGGGAGCGGCUUAAUGAAUGUAUUUUCUCAUUCUUAAUGCUGACGGCGGAAACGACAAUGGUUCCUCCAUGGGAAAAUGAGUUGAGGCAGGAGAUUCUCGCAGCGCCCUUAACGAGUUAUAUUAUGCCGCUGUUACAAUGA